AUGUCAAAGGUGGAAAAGGAGCUGUUCGUGUCCAAUUUGACUGGAUCGUCAAUUGAGGACACAACGACGCUAUUGUUUGUAGGUCUUGGAUUGUACAUGUUAUGGUCCAUUAUGAGCGUCCGUAAAAUCAUUCCCAGUGGGUUCUUAGGCUGGUUGGUGCAGUUUUUUAUCUUUGCUAUAAUUCCUUUACUGGUUUCGGUCAAUCGUGUAUUCCCUAGUGUGGUACUGGUUAUUCUGUUAUUCAUUCCAAGCAUUGUGCUCUUGCUUAUGCGUGACGACAGUCCAAAGCACGCAAGAAACAUCCAGGAAAAGCAUCACAAGCCUGAUACUUGGGACAAACGGAUGUCGAUUUCCCCAUGUUUCCACGCAAAUUGGGCAAAGGUCGAGACUUGGGGUACAUCGUUGAUGGAUUUGGGUGUCGGCUCCUUCAUGUUUUCCUCCGGUAUGGUUGCUGGACGCAAAAACAGCAUGACCGAGAAGGGCGCUUUUCGCAGCGUCCUUCGAAAUGCAUUAGUCAUGUUUGUUCUGGGCUUCAUUCGUUUGGUAACGACAAAGGGACUUGAGUAUCAGGAACAUGUUACCGAGUACGGUGUUCAUUGGAAUUUUUUCUUUACACUGGGUUCGUUGGCUAUUGGUGUGUACUUGCUUCGCUUGUUCUUGCUCCGCUGGUCGUACUUUUGGCUUGCUACGCUGGCCACCGUGGUGCAUCACGUUUUCUUGACUUGGACACCUUUGCAACAGUGGGCUCUGACGGCUCCACGCACAAACUUGCUUGCUCAGAACAAAGAAGGAAUUGUUUCUAUUCCUGGUUAUGUUGCUUUAUUCCUUUAUGGAAUGGAAACUGGAAAGAUUCUGCUUCAAGACAGACCGGCCAUCUACACGAAAGCUCAUGCUUGGGCACGAACCCAGAAGCUUGUCAUUCGACUUGUAGCCGUGCUUGUCUUUUACCAGCUUAGCAAGAAGAUGUCCGUCGGUAUUUCUCGUCGUUUGGCAAACAUGCCUUAUGUGCAAUGGGUUGUCGGAACCAACAUGCUUUUCCUCUGCUUCUACACUUUGUGGGAUGGCUACAUUUUUCCUCCGAAGGCUACAUACCAAACUCGAGUGGCAUCGCUUCUGCGUCAAUUGAAUGACAACGGUCUUUUUGUUUUCCUCUUGGGAAACCUUUUUACUGGUGCUGUUAACAUGACUGUUGAUACUUUGCGCUGUGGUCUCGUGAAAGGACUCGCUAUUAUGACCCUUUAUCUAUUUGUCAUUUGCUACAUCGUUCGCAUGCUCUCAGUACACAAUAUCCGUAUUCGUUUUUAA